ACAAGUGUACAAACUACCAGGACAAAAGAGAGCAAAAAUUUGGAAAGCUCCUUUCCGCUCUCUACGGCCAAGUCUUCGAGUACUCAAAAGCCUCAUCCACAAGAGGAGCGUGAAAGAAAGGAGAUAAAAGAUGUCUACCAACAGUUCCGCAUUUACGAUCAUUUUGGGUUCAUCGUCGAUGGCUCGCCGACAAAUUUUAACGGAGAUGGGAUAUGAGUUCACUAUAAUGAGUGCAGACAUAGAUGAGAAAGUUAUUAGGAGGGAAAAGCCAGCAGAUUUGGUAAUGGCUCUAGCUGAAGCGAAGGCAGAUGCCAUUGUAUCCAGGCUCAAAAGUACCGCUCAAUUUGAGGUGGAGGCUCAUUCAACACUGUUGAUAACUGCAGAUACAGUGGUGGUGUAUGAAGGGAUAAUCAGAGAAAAACCAUCCAGCAAGGAAGAAGCGCGAGAAUUUAUCAAAGGAUAUUCUGGCGGUCAAGCAGAGGUGGUGGGAUCUGUUCUUGUAACCAAUCUUAAGACUGGAAAAAGAAAAGGUGGAUGGGACAGAGCCGAGGUUUAUUUUUAUAACAUACCAGAUGAGGUCAUUGAUAGCCUGAUCAACGAGGGAUUUACACUCAAUGUUGCUGGAGGUUUGAUGCUGGAACAUCCAAUGACAUUGCCUUUUGUGGAAGCAGUGGUGGGGACAACUGAUACCGUAAUGGGACUUCCUAAAGCUCUCACAGAAAAAUGCAUACUCGAAGCCCUAUAGUUUUAGUGGCCAUAGAUUCUCUGUCACCACUCGUGGGAUGGAGCUGAAUCUUCUAUGUUUUCAACCAGCAUUUCAAAGUGGUCCUCAAACCCUGUUCUGAUACAAAACUACAGAUUGUUUGGUCAUCAAUUUUAAUCUAAAGUUAUAGUUGAACUUUCAAUUUGAACGCACAGUAUGCCUUCUGUUUCCUGUUCACAAGGCUCUGGGCUAAGCCAAACUUCAGAAAAUGUAUGACUAUCUAAUCUUACUCAUUAAAAAAUAUAUGUAUGACUAUAUCAUCCA